GAGCGGCACCCUUGGCCGUGGGCGCUGUGCAUUCUGGGGGUUGUAGUCUUCCCGUGGCGCCGGAGUGGACGGCCCAUUGCUAGGUGACGACGCCCAAACAGCACCGCUGCGUCACCGCCUGCCGCUGUUGCCGGGGUCCCGGCGGAUCAGGAGUGACGCUGGGGACCCCCGAGCUUGCUGACCCUGGCGUCUGCUGUGGCGGCAGGCGGAGGCUAGAAGGAAGGUUCGGCGGUGGGAGCGCCCCCGGAGCCGGCCGGCAGGGUCCUGACCUGGAAAGAUGGCCUACUAUGGAAAAUGCAUUGAAACUGUGAUUGAACAACUGGACCGACUUAAGCCUGGGGACAGUCCUGAGCAGGCCCUGGAGGCUGCGUCCGCCUCCCUGCAGACUCUGAGCUCCCAAAAGCAGGCGUUUGUUCUGGAGGUUCUGUCUGGGUGCCUUGAAUACCACAAGUUGCUGACCACCGUGGUGGAUGCCUUCUAUGUGCGGGACGGCCGCCUCUGCCUGUGGGCUGACUAUAACCUCUUCAAGGUGAUCUGCUAUUUGGCCACUUUCCAGCUGGGGGAGCUUGGCUUUCAGCUUUUCUGUGAUAUCGUCAAGUCCCAGCCUCUAGACAAGAUGUGCAAGUUCCUCAGGUUCUUCUUCAGCCCCCUGAAUCUGUCCUCGUGGGUCAAGGAUGAGUGGAGCCUCGUCUAUGAGGCGGCCUAUGUGAAGGAGAACUGGAUUGCACCCCUGAUGAGAUGGCAGCCGGAGGUCCAGGAGCUGAUCAAACAGCUGGAGGCGAUGCUGGUCAAUCAAUCCCCCCUUUCAAAGACCAAGGCUAAGGUCACAGAGCCCAAGGAGUUCAACCUGACCACCCCCAGAUCUCGUGCCAUUCCCAUGCCAGAGCCGGUUCCUGCCAUGGCCAAGCCAAGACCAGUCCCCAGGAGCACCUACCAACAGCCCAAGGAGCAGCACCUGCUGGACAAGGCCAAGAGACACAAUCGCCGGAGGGCAGAGGAGCUGCUGCUGAGGGCCAACGUCGAGGAGAUGCAGUGCGCAGUGCCCAGGUCCCGCAGGGAGCCCCCCACGCAGGGCACAGGUGCCAGUUCCCGACUCCUGCAGGGCUCCAAGAAGAACCUUCAGCUCCGAUUCAUGCCCCGAAUCCUCAAGACUCCGAAGCUGACCUUCUACAGGCCUAAUAACAUCCCCAUCAAGCUGAAUGCGGCUGCCAUCCUGAGAGAAGGGGCCUUAUACCAGCGGCAGGUGGAGAGAGAGCUGCAGAGAGUGGAUAAGCUUGUGGACGGGGCCGGGGACUUCUCUGAGUUCCUCGAGUGGCAGAAGAAGAUGCAGGCAAAGGACCAGGAGGAGCAGCUGGCGGCAGGCGAGUGCCGGAGGCUCCUGGGGAAGCUCAGCCACGAGGAGGCCGUGCUGGCCCGGCAGCAGCUCAUGCAGGGCAACAAGCAGAAGGCCGACCAGAAGAAGGAGGAGAUGACUGAGCUGAUGCAGCAGUGUGCUGAGAGGCGCCUGCAGGAGGAAAGGUCCAUGAGGGAGCUGGUGGAGCGGGUGACAGAGGCACAGAAGAACGUCAAGGUGGCGCAGACAAAGCUCUUGAAAGGCCGCCAGCAGAUAGUUCAGGAGGUGAUAGAGGAAAGCCGGGAGCUACUGCAGCGCAGUGCAGAGGCAGCCAAGGAGGAGCAGAGACGGCGCUGUGAGCUCAUCUCCCAGCUUCGAGCCCUGGAGACGCAGCCCAUGCGCAAGGGCAAACUCGUGGACCUGACCCAGAUCCCUGGAUAUGGCCUGGAAGGGGAGAUGUCCAUGGUGGAGCUGCGAGAGCGGCUGGCCCUGCUCAAGGACGCCCAGCGGCGCGCAGAGGAAGACAAGCGGAACCAGAUCAUUCAGGACAAGCGCUCCAAGAGCCAGGAACUGCAGAACGUGGUGGAGCAGAUCUCACUGUGCCGGGCGGCCAUGGGCAGGUCUGCGGCCUUAAGGUGGGAGGAGAAGAAAGCGGGGGCGGCGGCCCCGGGGCUGCGCUCCCAGGACGAGCGCGUCCUCGCGCUGCAGCGCAGGAUCGAGGAGACCGCGGCUGAGCGCCGCAGGCAGGCGCCCCUGCUGCAUGUGUCGGCGCCGCGGACGCCGCGGGCCCCGCGCGCCCAGCCGAGGGCGCAGCUGGAGGCGCAACACUGGCUGGAGCUGGAGCAGAGCCGGGAGCGCAGGCUGCGUGCGCGGCAGCGGAGAGGCUCGGCGUGCGGGCGCGCGCGCGACCUGGAGGCGGCCUGAGCCUGGCGGACCCGCCCCGCCCCCUCCCGGAAUAAAGUGUGCGCGGCCCCGCGCGCCCCUCCAGCCCUUCCCUGUCCACCCCGCACCCCUACUCCAGGCCCCACCGCGCCCCAGUCUACACCUGCCCAGAGCAGGGUUGCCAGGUAAAAUGUAGGACGUCCAGUUCUUCGUGGGACGAACUAUGCUAAAAAGGUAUCCGCUCUUUAUUUCAAAUUUAUCCGGGCGUCUUGUAUUUUAUUUGCUCAACCUGGAUACGCGAACUCGGAUCCUAAUUCUUCCCCAUGGCCCAGCGCAAGCAUUGCCGGCGUCCCUCUUUGGAGUACCCCGAGCCCCCUCUGCAUGUGGAAACCUGGAGUCCCCACUCUGCCCGGAGUCGGGUGGCGUAACCUGAGAAUCUCCAAGACUGGUUGUGUGAUUAUGCGUGUGUGUUUGGUUGGAGAAGUGACCAGAAUACUUGAGCUAUGAGGAACUGGCCCUUCUCAUGCCUUAUCUCACUCAAGUAGACUUUACUGCACCGGCAGGCGGCUGGGGGUGUAAGAACUGCCUGCAGCCGGUUUUGCUGUUGAGGCCACUGGUGCUUUGUCCAGUGGUCCUGAGAGCCGGGACACAAAGCUGAGCCUGGGUGACUUUACAGCUCUGCCCAGCCUUCUCCAGCAUCACCUAAGGAAAAAGGUUGGGGCCACUGGGCAGGAGCUCACCCACAGCCAGGACCAGGACUUAUUCACUCACCUGAAUCCUGGGACCCAGCAUCGGGCUGGAGAGGGAGUGGCUUUGAGGGCAGGCUGGUUUAAUGACAGCCGCAUGACUAAAGCACAGGGGAGAUGCAGCUCUCAGGAAGGAGAGGGUAUGGGUAAGCCCAUGGGGUGGAGGGCAGUAAGGGAGAGGCUGGAACCGCCAGGGGCAUAGAUGUCCAGAAGAGACAUUCCCCCCACAUCAUUCUUGGGUCUGCGGAGGAGAUGGAACCUCAAGGGGGUGCUGAUUCAGAUUCAGGCCACAUUCAGAUCAGGAAGGCAGGAAUGUUGGAAGUGGAAAGCCUAAAGACCAGAGUUCCAUCCCAACAUUCGGAGCCCUGUCAGAACCCCAGGACUUUCCCCAACUCAGGUUGGUAAAAAGAGGAAUUUCUCACCUCCUUGACAAAUUAGAGGUGGGAACAGGUUAAAUUUCACUUUAAGAAAUAAACAUGACAUUUCUUAAGAUUGUG